GCGUUGAGAGCGUCAGCUAACCUGCAUGUCCGCGUCUUCUGCCGUCUUUGAUCCAACAGCACUGCCCGCUGCGUUUCGGUUCAAGAGUCUUCGUGAAUCUUCAUGUGCCGACGGGCUUAGAGCUCCUUAGUGCGUUUGCAUAACCGUAGCACCUCCGGCGACUCGACGGCUCAGGAUGCGCGGCGGCUGGAAUACGGAGAGCGAGAAGGGCUACGAGGAGCUUUUCCAAAAACUGGACACGAAUAAAGACGGGAAGGUGGACGUGGCCGAGCUCCGAGCAGGCCUCAUAGCCAUGGGCAUCUCUCUGCGGACAGGAGCAGCUCAGAAAAUAGUCACAACUGGAGACAAAAACAAGGACGGCGUCCUUGACUUCGGCGAGUUCGCCAGAUACCUGAAAGAACAUGAGAAGAAACUGUGGCUCACUUUCAAGAGCUUGGACAAGAAUGAUGAUGGCCGUCUGGACAUCUGUGAGAUAAAACAGUCCCUGGCCGAACUGGGAAUGGACAUAUCCCCCGAAGCAGCACAGAAAAUCCUACAGAGCAUUGACAGUGACGGCACCAUGACUGUGGACUGGAAUGAGUGGAGGGAGCACUUCCUAUUUAACCCUGCCACAGACCUGGAAGAAAUUAUUCGAUACUGGAAACACUCCUCGCAGCUGGACAUUGGUGACAAUCUAGCCGUUCCUGAUGAGUUCACCAGCGAGGAGAAGAUCUCUGGCGGCUGGUGGAAACAGCUGGUUGCUGGGGCAGCAGCAGGGGCAGUCUCUCGAACAGGCACUGCCCCUCUGGACAGAAUAAAGGUUUUUAUGCAGGUUCAUGCUUCCACGUCCAACCAAAUCAGUCUGCUGGGGGGCUUCAGGCAAAUGCUUAAGGAAGGGGGAGCGACGUCUCUGUGGAGAGGGAACGGCCUUAAUGUGUUAAAAAUGGCCCCUGAGACUGCCAUCAAAUUCAUGGCUUAUGAACAGUAUAAGAGGUUCCUGGCAUCAGAGGGGGAUCAAAUAGAGACUGCACAGAGAUUCAUGGCUGGCUCAUUAGCUGGAGCCACAGCGCAAACAGCCAUUUACCCCCUAGAGGUAAUGAAGACGAGACUGACUCUGAGAAGCACCGGCCAAUAUUCUGGAAUGUUGGACUGCGCUAGGUCCAUUCUGCAAAAGGAAGGCAUCAAGGCCUUCUAUAAAGGCUACGUCCCUAACAUCCUGGGCAUCAUCCCUUAUGCUGGCAUCGACCUUGCUAUUUAUGAGAGUCUGAAGAAUGCCUGGCUGUCAAACUACGCCACAGACACAGCCAACCCUGGCGUCCUGGUACUGCUGGGCUGUGGAACUGUGUCCAGCACAUGCGGGCAGCUGGCCAGCUACCCUCUGGCCCUGGUGCGCACCCGCAUGCAAGCACAAGCAUCUCUUAAUAGCACAGAGCAGCUCUCCAUGCGCUCUCUGGUGAAGAGCAUAGUGGCGAAGGAAGGCUUCUUUGGCCUGUACCGGGGCAUCCUGCCCAACUUCAUGAAGGUCAUCCCUGCUGUGAGCAUUAGCUAUGUGGUGUAUGAAUACACAAAGUCAUUUUUGGGUAUCUCAAAGUGAAUGUCAUGGACAAUAUUUACACAUUUCAAUGUAGGAGUUCUGUUUAAAGGGAUAGCUCAGUGAAAAAAGAAGUCAUUUUCGCAAUUUCCCUGUAAAUGUAGUCGAGACAUUCUUAGUGUCUAAAAUGUGCGUCAUUUGUUUUUGCACUGUAACUAUGAGGCUAAUGACGCUACCAAGAAAUGGAGGCUUAGACCCCAUCAGUUAGCAUCAGUGUCAGAAACCAUAUAAGCAAAUUCAUUUGAGAUUACGUAACAGUGUACAGUUUGAAGCAAAUGUUUAGUGAAUUAAGCACAAUGCUGAUGGGUGGGGGAUUAACUUCUAUUAUUUGUUAGCUACCUGUGGUGGACGAAGUACACAAAUCAUGUACUUGAGUUAAAGUAGAGAUACCCAAGGUAAAAUAUUACUCCAGUAAAAGUAUAAGUCCUUACU